ACCCCUCCAUGCUCUCUUAAGUAUCAUGUCUGAUCCGGAGCCUUCGGUGGCGAUCUCAUCCUCGCCCUCUCUCCCGGCCACCGACUCCAAUCCUCUUAAUUACGCUUUCCUCGUUCAUUCGCAAAAAACCCUCACACAGAACCUCCCUCCUCGUGUCGACAAUAAACUGUUAGCCCGCCAAAAGCGACGUCGAACUAGUCCGGAGGAUCACGCAGUCCUCGAAUCCGAAUACCAGCAAAAUCCCAAACCAGACAAAGCAGCCCGCACAAGUAUCGUGAACCGCGUCUCGCUCGGCGAGAAAGAGGUCCAAAUUUGGUUUCAAAAUCGCCGCCAGAACGAUCGUCGGAAGUCCAAACCCCUCCAGCCUCACGAAUUACUCGCCCCGCGGUCGGGCAUGCUCGAUUCAUCCGGUCAGCCUUUCAGUGAUGAUAACUCGUCGACGGAGCCAGGGUCUUCAAGUGGGGCAGAGCAGUUUGACAUCAACGACCACCGCGAGGAAAUGGCAUCAAAACCAUGGCACGGGGGACUGUUGCAAUUUUCAGAUGAUUCGGACCCAGUGACUGAAGAUAAAGAUGAGCAUGAGCUGCCCCAGAGCACUCAAACAAGCGUCGCAACAGAGGCUGCUGAGGAUACUCCGCCCACCACACAGGAAGAGUUUUCCCAACUGGUGAAUGACCACUCAGAAGACUCUCUUCUGCAGGUACCAAAAAGGAAACGUUCAGUGUCGGAUAUCCGGGGCGAGGGAGAAUAUGAGCAGCAGGCGGCAACCACACAAAAUACACAAACCACACCUACCAAGUCACCCCCAUCGCUGCGUUUGUCGAUGUCGUUUGAUGGAGAGGCUUUGCUACGCAAAGAGGGCGAGCUAACGCCGUCUCCACCUAAGGGUCGCAACGCCUUACGCAUCGCGAUGUCAUCGGAUGGAAAGGCAGUAAUCCGCGGAGAGAACGAACCAUCACCGUCCAAGAACCGCGUGGCUAUGUUCUCAGUUCGCCGAACAAAGAUGUCAAGCCUGCGACGUAGCAGCAGCGCCGUCUUCCCAGCCACGCCGCGGGCAGGUGUGACCGAGAAAGAUCGUGCUUUCGGUCGCUCUCGUGAUCCACGUAACUGGGAAUCAUUCUGUGACACGGACGCAAGAAGUGCUUUAUCAACACCAACCAGCGGGCCGAACGGUUCUCCGGGUCUUUUCCAAUCUCGCAGCCAGCGCUCAUUACCGCGGAGCGCCUCAGGGCGGCACAGUCUCGCUGUCCACGGCGACCCAAACACGCCAAUCUCUCAGUCUAUGGGGGAGAAGAGGCGGAAGCUCGCCCGCACUGUUUCAUCUCUAGGGCGACUAGAGACAGGCCGAAACAAAGCGAACAUGAACCCAUCCAAGUUGUCCAAGCCUCUAUUUUCCAAGUCCGGCAAGCCGGAUCUGGAGCAAGACCCCGGCGACUCUGACAAGGAGAACUGGGUUCCAGGUACGCGAUCAACAAAUAUUCGUCGUCGCAACACUUCACACAUCCCACGACCGGUCCUCCGCGAUGCUAACCGUAAUCGCGGUCUCGGCAUCUCGACCAACGGCAAACGCAAUCGACCACUCCAGACCGGCUCACAGGGAAAAGCCCCGCCAGAGCUUAGUGCAGAAGUCUCGGCUUUCAUGGCCGGUGGGUCGGGGGAUAGUCAAGAAGAUGACCUGGACUGUGUGCAGGGUCUCCUGUCGUUGAGCCAGGGGGCCUGGCGAUAA